AAUAUCUGAAAUAAAUAUAUGCAUUUUAUAUUAAUAGUGAACUUAAUUUAGGGUUGACAUUCUUUAAAAUCAAAGACAUUUUGAACAAAUCAAUGCAUUGGAUAUGUGGAACUGCAUGUGUGUUUACAAGGGAUGGGGUGAGAGGAGAAUGCUUUUCAGUUUCGUUUCCUCUGAUCUCUAGAGUCUUAGUUUACCAGAAAGGGAUAGGCACAAAGCAUCAGACUAGCGGAAGCUGAUCUCACAGGAAACAGAAGGCCUACCUGUUUGGAAGCCAUGGCAUCUUGUGGUAAAAACCCCUCGGACAUUAUAUGGAAGGCCAGAAGGAAAUUAGCAGAAAGUCUUCUUCAGAUAGAGUCAGAGCUGAUCUUGGAUGUGGCAGACUCCCAUCUGCUCCUCACGCAGGGCGAGUUCUUCUCCCUGAGUGAAAUAAAGGAUCCACAAGCGGUCGUGGAAAGCUUGAUUGAGUUAGUGCUGGGUAAAGGAGAAUCAACACAGGAACAAUUCUUAGACUGCCUAGAAAACCUGAGGCAUGUCUCCCCAAGCCUUCGACCUAUUUCUGAAUAUGUGGAAGAUGGGAAAAGAAAUGGAGCCGAGAACAUGGAGGCUAGAUCUGAAAACGUGGACGACGACGUGUCCCAAGAGAGAGGUCAUGAAGUUGAGUCUCAAGAUCCUUCUGUGACUUCAGAGGCAGGAAGUGAAGCUCUGAGCCCAGAGGAUGCUACUAUGCCUCCAAGGAUGGCAAGCACAGCAGGGGGGGCAGACCCCACUCUGUCCUCCAGACAGAGAAGUGGAAUUCAGAAUCUGGAUUCCCCUGAGUGUGGAAUGAGAGCUGAGAAACUGGGCGCUGCUCUGAUGCACACUGAGAAAGGUGACAGAGACAAAAACCUGGAGUUUUCUGCAUUUCAGGGGGCUGAAGGCCGAGCUGAGUGUCUGAAUGAUGCUCUGUCCUCUAGAAAGGGAGGUGCAAAGGUGAGCCCAAACCCCACAGGAUCCCUGGAGCAAAAGAACACAGCACAGACCCCAAGCACUUCUCUCUCUAAGUGGGAUAAAGUCGGGCAUGAGAAGAACUUAGAGGAUGGAACUCAGAACUCGGAGAGAGGAGGUGAUGCUGAGAAUCUGAAUCCUCCUCUGCCCCCAGAGGUAGGAAGUGGAUCACACAGUCUAGCUAAUAUGUUUCCAGGGACUGGAAGCAGCAGUGAGGAUCCAGACACCAGGCUCCUUUCCAGCAAAGGAAAUGAAGUGAAGAAUUUGGAUGCUCCUAAUGGGACUGACAAACUGGGUGCUGCCACUGCUGCUGCCAUUUGCCCAGAGAAAGGAAGCAUUGCUGAGAACCUGGAGAGUUCUGCAUCUCUGUGGGCAGGAAGUGGGGCUGAUAGCCCAAAUGCCCCUCUGUCUUCUAGAAAAGAAAGUGGAACCAAGAAUGGGAACUCUUUAGAAUCCCAGAGAAAAGGAAGCAUAGCUGAAAUCCCUGGCACGUCUGCAUCGAAGGGAGAAGAAAGCGGAGCCCCAAAUCUGUAUGACUUAGAAAGACAAAAUACAAGCAGGUCUCCAGUGAGAAGGAACAGAUCUGGGAGCUCAAACAGUGGCACAGAGCAGUCCUCCUUACCAGCCUCAGGGGAUCUUGCCAGGAUGCAGAGCAUGACAGAUACACCUGAAUCAACACCAACUGGUGAAGUAUCCCAUUCGGAGGAGACACAAGAGAGCCUGAAGGGAGAUGUGUCGUUGGAACCAUCCAUCAAAGAAUCAAUGGAUUCAGUGAUGAUACCUGGUCAGGAGACGAUCCGCAAGGGGAGAAAACAGUUAAUUGAAAUCCUUCAGAAGGACCUAGAACUUAUUCUAGAUGAGUUAAUCUCUCAGUCUGUCAUCACAGAGGAAGAAUAUGAGGCCUUGGACAAAACUAAGGAGGAUUCCAAGAAGAAAAUUCGAAAACUGCUGAUUUUGAUCCAGAAAAGGGGAGAAAGGGCCUGUGACCAUUUCCUAGAAUGCUUAGAAAUGACAUGUCCAGGUUCCAAUCAGGCUCUGCAACAUUCAAUACGUGAGCGUUUGCCUCCAGAGGAGAAAGCUGAAAGCCCAAAAGCUUUGGGGCAGAAAAAAGAAGCAGUUACCAAAGACCAAGAGAAAGAAGAUGAAAUUGAGCAAGAACCAAAGCAAGUGGAGAAACAUUCUGCGAAAGAGAGAAGAAAAGCACUUAAGAACAUUGUUGCUAAGUUAAAGCUACGAAAGCAUAUAAAGAAGAAACUUGCCCUGCAAGAAAUUCUGGAGAUCAGCUCAGGAAGUCAAAAGGACGGCAUCCCUUGUACAUUGGGAGACUUGCCUUGGCAUUUUCUAAGGAAGGUCUUGGCGCUGAACGUGACAGCCAGGAGCACAAGCCUUCAACAGGGAACACUGGACAACAAGGGAACAAUAUUAAAGGAGGGAGAAAAAGGGGUUGAUGAGAGAAUUUUCUGUGGUAGCAAGACAGAUGAGAGAGAUGAUGUGAACCCCCUCGAUGUCCUUUGUGCUGUUCUGCUUUGCUCUGACAGCUUCCUCCAACAGGAGAUCCUUCUGAAAAUGUCCAUGUGCCAGUUUGCUUUGCCUUUGCUUCUGCCUCCCUUAGAGAUGUCCAAAUGCACCUUGAUGCUCUGGGCUAUGAGAGACAUUGUGAAAAAAUGGAGGCCCCAUUCCUUGGCUGAAAACAGGGGCUUUAGGGAGGAAAGUGUCGUACUAACAUCCAUGCCAACCAUUUCCUUUGUACGGAUGGGGAACUCUAACCUAUCCAAAUCUAAAGUCCUCAAUGAAUUUCUUAGCCCCUCCCAGCAGCAUAACGAUUUCUUUAUACACCGAGAUAUGGAAUGUGGGAACAUCCCUCGGGAAAUUGCUGAUGGGCUUGUAGAGAUUGCCUGGUAUUUCCCAGGAGGACGGACGAACACGGAUCUCUUCCCAGAGCCAGUUGCAGUUGCAAAUCUCCGUGGAGAUGUUGAGUCUCACUGGGUGCAGUUUAGCUUUUUAACACAGGUCUCCUCAGCUGUGUUUAUAUUUGCCGAAUUCAUUGGUGAGAAAGAAUAUGCCCUCUUAUCAUCGCUGAAGGAAUCAUCAACUCAGUUCUACUUUAUCUUGGAAGAUCACAGUAGAAAAUCCAAGUAUACUUUGGAUUUCUUAAAUAAAUUGGCACCAGUGAUUAAUCUUGACAAUUCACAUAUGCUGGUGAAGACUGCAAUGACAAAUAAAGCAGAAUUUGUAGAACUGCUGCGAUCUACAGUUGGAAGAAUAAUAAACUCAAAUCCCAAGAGCAUUAGUGUUGAUAUGAUGUCUGCAGUGGCCCAUGAACUUACAAUCCAAGUGGAUGAGGACAACAAAGAAUGUCAGGAUACCCUCAAAUGUGCCAAAGAAAUUACAGGAGAUAUAAAAGAUGUAGCAAUUUAUAAGAGAACAACACUGAUACUUCAAGGUGAUCUUUGGAAAAAUCUGGCAAAAGCGGAGAAAGAACUUUGUAGAAUGGAAAGACAAGGGGACAUGCCUUCGGAAAAAUACCGAUCACAACUUAAAGGCAGAUUGUUGGAACUGCGUAAACAACAAAAUGAAUGUGACCUCACCAUUGGUUUGAUUAAUUUCAUCAAUGGCAUAAAACAUUCCAAGUAUGCAGAGAAGCAUUACUUUCUGAAAUGGAUGAAGUUCAAUCUAGACCACAUUGCUAGGGAAAAUCUUUGUAAGUUACGUGCUGACUACAAAGAGAAAUGCAAGAAGUUAGGAGGUGAUGGGCAGAAGAUUGCAGAGGUAGACCAACUGAUAUCUUCCUCUUCCUUGGGAGUUGAGCAUUUCAUGCGUGAAUUAGGGCAGUUUUAUGAGGCAGAAUGCUCAAUGGUUAGUGAAGGCAAAAUAGCAAAAAACAGAAGGCAGUUUGUUCAUUUCCCAAGCAUUGCAGCUGACCUAAUGCUGGAAGGCUUUCCACUAGAGCUCAUUGAUGGUGAUGCAUCAAACAUUCCUCUGCAGUGGAUAACAGAUGUUCUGAAUAAACUCAAUAACAAACUAAGGUGUCAAUCCAAAAUGAUGGUGAUAACUGUGUUGGGGGUGCAGAGCACUGGAAAAUCCACCCUUCUGAACACCAUGUUUGGGCUGCAGUUUGCAGUCAGCAGUGGCCGGUGUACACGGGGUGCCUUCAUGACACUUCUUAACGUCAGAGAGAAUUUGACUCAGGAUUUUGGGUGUGACUUCAUCCUGGUGAUAGACACAGAAGGCUUGAAAGCCCCUGAACUGGCCAAACUGGAUGACAGCUUUCAACAUGACAAUGAGUUGGCCACUCUUGUGAUUGGGCUGAGCGACAUCACAAUUGUAAACAUGGCCAUGGAGAAUGCCACUGAAAUGAAGGACAUUCUGCAAAUUGUGGCCCAUGCUUUCCUCAGGAUGGAGAGGAUUGGGCAAAAGCCCAACUGCCAGUUCGUUCAUCAGAACGUCAGUGACGUUUCUGCACAUGACCAAAACAUGAGGGACAGGAAACAUCUUUUGGAACAGCUGAAUGAAAUGACUCAGGCUGCAGCAAAAAUGGAAAACUUUGACAGGGAUAUCAAGUUUUCUGACAUCAUGGACUAUGACCCAGAAAUGCACAAUUGGUACAUUCCAGGCCUGUGGCAUGGAGUUCCACCUAUGGCGCCAGUUAACAUGGGAUACAGUGAGAAGGUCCUUGAGGUAAAGAAGUACAUCUUUGAAUUCAUAAGAAACCGCUCAGCUAAAAGACCUCCCAAGGACAUCCCUCAGUUUAUUGAGUGGGUGAAAAGUCUGUGGAAUGCCGUGAAACAUGAGAACUUCAUCUUCAGCUUCCGCAACAGCCUCAUGGCAGAAGCUUAUAACCAGCUCUCCAUGAAAUAUUCUGAAUGGGACUGGGAUUUCCGCAGAGAGAUGCACCUCUGGGUAUCGGAACAGAAAACAUCGAUACAGAAUAUUUCUCCUGAUGAAUUUGAUACAUGCAGCUUGCAAAAUGAGCUUCAUCAGAAGCUGUUGGAUGGAGAACUGCAGAUUUUGAAGAAUUUGAAGCAAUACUUUGACAGUGGAGCAGCAAAUCUGCAUUUGGUAGAAAGAUACAGAGAAGAUUUUGUCCGUAGUGCCAACAGUCUCAAGCAAGAACUUGGAAGUUAUUCUUAUAGCAAAUGUCAGGAAGCUAUUCGCAUUAAAAAGGGGCUUCACAAGAUUGAUACUCUACAAACUGAAUACUUGAAAAUAAUUGAAGGAAAGGUUGAUGGGCUACUUGAAGAAUGCCGGGAAAAUGAAAAUAGAUUUGAAGACCAAGAAUUAGAAAAUGAGUUUGAAAGAAUGUGGACAAAAACACUGUUGGAAAUAUCGCCCAUUCCCUUAGAGAAAUGGCGAGUAUAUGAAGAUGUUGAGCGGUGUUUGAGAAAGGAGUUGUUUCAUCGGGGAAGUUCAGUCAACCUAGAAAUUCAGGGAGCAAAAUCUUUGUUAAGCUACAGAAUAAAUACCUUUCAAAUGAAACCUGAAUAUAUAGAGUCAUCAUUGUGGUACCAAGUGACACAUGUGUUUGCUAAAAAGGAGCGUUUCCAUAAGGCAACAGACCAUGCGAACUUCUUGAUGUCCAAAUGCAGUUUGUAUAUUUGUGAAAAGAUCAAUUUGAAAGGCGAUUAUGAUGAAACUUACUGUGGUGAACUUUUGCAAAUUAUCAAUGAGGAGCUUCAACAGGCUGAUGUUCAAAAACUUCAUACAAGAGCAUGCUUUGAAGUAGAUCUAAAGCUUCACAUUUUGGGGGAAGCAGCUCAUGAAUUUCAGAAGAUUCAUGAAGAUUUUAUUAAAGAAAAUGAUCCCCAUAUACGCUUGGAAAAACUGAAGCCUCACUAUUUCGCAAUUUUCAGAGAUCUUUAUCUGGAAAAAGAUGCCCAACAAAUGAGAGUUAAGGAUUUCUGUGACCAGGGUCUCCAUCCCGCCUUAGUGGAUUAUAUCAACAAAAGACUUGGAAUAAAAAUAUUAGAUGAUAUUCUCAGCAGUGCACAGUCCAUUGGAUAUGCCAGUCGAAGUUUCUUCCAAUUUACUCUCCUGAAGGAAUUGUUGGAAGAGAGGAAUUUUAAGAGUUAUGUACAAUACAUUGUGGCUUAUGAAGAGUUUGUCAAAAGGUGGAUCUGGGGACAAAUGUUGGAUUACUAUGCAGAUAAUGAGUAUCUGAAUAAAUUGGAGAAACAGAUUCUCUCUGCAAUAGUAAAGAAAAUUAUAGAAACACUGGAAAACUUAAAGCAUAAAGAUAUUGAGACGGUCUCGGAAUUUUUGGAUGCUUUUUGCAAAGAAAUGCAGAAGGAGUUGGUCAUUUCUAAGGACAGUCUGGUAGGGGUACAGUUUAAGAAUGCGACUGAUCCUGUACAGUUUUCUGCUUCUGUUGAAAGCUUCCUUCCAGAUUUGCAACAACAAAUAAUGUCUGAAUAUGAUUCUCUGGAUAUAAAAUCCAAACUCUCCAAAUUGCCUGUGAAUCCCCAGGAGGAGAUCUUCAAGCGAGUGUUUGGCUGUGGGAAGCAGUGUCCCUUCUGCAAAGCGCCCUGUGAAGCUGGAGGGAGUGCUCAUCAGGAGCAUUUUGCAGCAGUCCAUCGACCUCAAGGACUGGGAAGAUACAGAGAAAUAGGAUCAGAAAAGCUUGUUCCUGAGAUCUGUUCCACUGAUGUGGCCAGCAAUCGCGAGUUUCGAAAUCAGGACACAGACUGGAAAUUCCAUCCAUACAAAGAUUAUCGUGCAUAUUAUCCAGAGUGGUGCAUCCAACCAGAUCCCAGUAUCAAUGCUUCUGAUUACUGGAAGUUCAUUUUUAAAGAGUUCAAUCAUGAGUUUGCCAGACACUACAAUGCUGAGCCAGCUGAUCUGCCAGCGGACUGGUACGAUAUAACUCAAAAACAAGCACUGGAAGCCUUGCAGGAAACUUACAAUAUGAAGUAAACAUGCAUGUCUUGGAUAACAGCAAUAGAUGCUUGAGGUUUCAAGCAAAAAAAGCUUGUUCCUGAGAACUGUUCCACUGAUGUUGCCAGCAAUUGCGAGUUUCAGAAUCGGGACACAGACUGGAAACCCCAUCCAUACAAAGAUUAUCGUGCAUAUUAUCCAGACUGAUGCAUCCAACCAGAUCCCAAUAUCAAUGCUUCUGAUUACUGGAAGUUUGUUUUGAAAGAAUUCAGUCAGGAUUUUGCCAGAGCGUAUAAUGCUAAGCCAGCUGAUCUACCCAAGGAAUGGGGAAAUAUAACCCAAGAUCAAUCACUGAAGGCUUUAAAAGAAAUCUAUAAUAUGAAGUAAGCACCUUAUCUUGAGAAACUCUGUUUUGUAGUAAAUAUGUGAAAUUUCAGUGAGAUUAGGCAUUCAUGAUGUGCUCUUAAUUUUAAAUUUCUAUAAAUGUCUCAGGUUUUUAAAGCCAGCAUGACAAGGCUGCAUAUCCAGAUCAGCAAAACCAUCAAGUCUUUAUUGUUCAAACGAUAAACAGGAAAUGCUUUACACCAAAUUAAUGCUGUACAACUAACUGUGCCAGUAUUCCAUUUAUAUCUCUGGCAAAGGUGCACUGUUGCAAAAAUUGGGUGAAACAAAUGACACCCCCUCAAUGCUGACUUGUUUGGGCACUCAUGUGACUGCAGAAAGGAAUCAUGGAUCUUCCUCUUCCCAUGAAAAGAUGAAGCAUUCCACAAAGUAUGUGAGUCUUGGACAACACCAAAAAGACCCCUUAAAGUUAAAAUGGAGCCAUUUAAAGUUCACCCAACCUUAGGAUAACAUUGCCCUAUUUAAGUUUCUGUUUGCAUGUUUGCAUUUAUUUCAUUGUGCCCUUAGUUUGAGCUGUCUAUAGUGGCAUGUUUUCAGCCAGCUGCAUCACUCUGCUCCCUCUCCCUGUUCAGAUGAAAGUUUAUUCCCCGUCCCUUGUUUUUCUUUUCCUUCACUCUCUCUUUCCUUGUUCCAGAGGUCUAUGACCACCAGCGAAGUUAUUUACCUUAAACAGCAAGCUUUCUCCUCCUCCUCCAUCGUAUUAAAAUGCUGUCGUUAACUUGGAGUUUAAGUUCUCCUGACAAUGGCAGCAGUACACACAGACACACCCCUCCAACGCAGGCUUGCUCAUAAUGCGGUUCUUCAUCUUGUAGCUUUGCUGUCCUUCCUUCCUUAUCUUCUUGGUAAUCAUGAUAAUGUUUAUAUUUGUAGUUCUGUAUUUAUUCUUGUGUUUGCAAAAAAUCUAGUCAAGUAGAAUUUCAUUAGUAAGCUUUAGCCUUGAGGAAUGGUAGAGCGUAUUAAUGCUGAUUUAUCUUUUGCAUAUUGUCACAUUUUUAUGCAACAUUUCUAAAACUGUUAGUAAAAAAAUCAGAAAAUAAAUCUAGGUACAAUUUCACGUUAUUGUUUAGUCUAAUGCAUUGGCUUGCAAUGAAAACAAUGUUAAUAAACAAUUUAAAAAAUUA